AUGUUACCAUGGUCGUACUUGGGUUGGAUCUCCUUUACGCUCGCUUUGGCUCGCGGUUUGCUCACCGCAGGGGAUUACUAUGUGUCGCCCGAGCUAAUACCAGGACUGUCGGCGAUUGAGGACGAGGAAUUGGUCCCAGAGAUGUAUGCUGGACAUAUCCCAUUUGAGGGUGAGAACGAGGGCGAGAUUAUGAAGUAUUUCUUCUGGAAGUUCUGUCACCCCAGACAGUACUCUGACACUCUGGUUUUCUGGUUUAACGGUGGUCCUGGAUGUUCUUCUAUGGAUGGUGCCCUUUUGGAGACCGGUGCUUUCCGGAUUAAUUCCGAUGGCAAGGCGUAUCUGAACCCUGGCUCUUGGCACACUCGGGCAGACAUUGUCUAUGUGGAUCAGCCUGUUGGCACAGGCUUCUCAACUUCCAGCAGUGAGCCACCAAGCUACGACGAUGACCUCCUGCUGGUCACAGAGCAUUUCAUGGGGUUUCUGGACAGCUACUUCCAGUCUUUUCCGGAUGAUUUGGCGAAAGAAAUCAUUCUGGCAGGAGAAAGCUAUGCUGGUCAGUAUCUGCCCUUCUUCGCGGAAGCCAUUAUGAAGCACAACGCUGAUUUGGAAGACAAGUACAUUAAGUAUGACCUGAAAGCUAUUCUCAUAGGAAAUGGGUGGGUUGAUCCUAACACGCAAUCGCUGUCGUAUUUGCCCUUCGCUGUGGAGAAAGGCCUGAUCGAAAGGACUAAUCCACACUUCUCCGACCUCCUCAGGGCCCAUGAGGACUGUCAAAAUGUCAUCAACCGCCAUGUGGAUGGAACAGAUCAAAAAUUCGCCUACGAGGAAUGCGAACAGAUAAUCACUUUACUUUUAAAAUUCACGAAGGACACGUCUUCUGACGCCGCCGAGGAUGAAGUUUGUUUGAAUGUCUAUGAUUAUACUCUAAGAGACUCCUACCCUUCAUGUGGAAUGAAUUGGCCCUCUGAGUUACCUAAUAUACCGAAAUUCUUCAGCACGCCCGGCGUUAUGGAAGCCUUACAUUUGGAUGCAGAGAGCGUGCCAAGAUGGCAUGAAUGUGACACGGGAGUGCUAAAAUCAUUGAAGAACUUGAGAUCUAGGCCAUCAGUUGAGCUCCUUCCUUCGAUCCUUGAGUCUGGAGUGGAGGUCUUACUCUUUAACGGUGACCAUGAUUUGGUAUGCAAUAACAAGGGUGUUCUGGAUUAUGUAGGCAAUCUCAAUUGGGGCGGACAGAGAGGUUGGAGCGAUAAGAAGCAAUCUUAUGAGUGGUACCACCUCAAUUCCGAGUCGUAUGCGGAAGAGCUUGCUGGCUAUGUGGAGCACGAUAGAAAUUUAACGUUUAUCAGCAUUUACAAUGCGUCACAUAUGGUUGCGAAUGACCAUAGUCUGGUGAGCAGAGGAGUGCUGGAUAUUUAUAUGAAUAACGUCCUUCUCGAGGUGAUUGAGGGAGAAAACUUUUUACUGAGUGCUGAUGACCUCGAUACUUUGGAGGACGAUGAAGACGACGAGGAAGAUCAUAAAGAGGACAACGAGAUCACUGAUGAUGAAAGCUCAGAUGAUAAUGAGAUUGACGAUGGAGAAAAUGGAGAUAACGACGAUAUUUCUGAGUCACCAAACUUAGAGAAUAGCACAUUGCUUAAAAAAGUGAAGAGUUUUAUCGUGGCCACCAUGAGUUUGUCUCUCUUUGGAGCAAUUUGCUAUUAUCUGUAUCUGAAAAGAUUCAAGCGUAGAAGACGUGCGAUCCUCGUGGAUCCAACGAACAGACAUGACAGCCAGAACAAGACAGUGUCAUGGGCGGAUGAUCUCGAGACAGGCACUGAAUCCGACCUUGACCAGGCGCAAGGUAGAAAAGCUCCAACAGGCGGCAGGAAGAAGAACUCGUAUACUAGUGUUCCAAGUACUGACUUGGAUGAAUCUUUCGAGUUGGAUGACUUUUAG